AAAGGCUUUAUUGGACCAAGCGAAAUUACAGAAAAUUCGCUUCGACCGAUUGAACCAAGUUAAACCCACGAAAUCACGAACCGACCACAUAUUCGGUUAGGGUUCUAAGACAAUUACAAUGUGUAGUGAUUGAGGGGAUUUCAGACAGUGGACUUUUUCGUUGUUAGAUUUGCUAUAACAUACAAUGUGUUCGACAAAAUUCAUCUGAGAGCUCCUGAGAACUCGUGAGAUAAAUAAAUUCCCACUUAUCCACCAUGAAACUGAGAAGAAUCCUCGGUUCUAUUUCGAGUCUCGCUACAGAAAAGCUCUCUUCUUCCUCUUAUUCUUCUCAUUGCCCAUCUCGACAAAUUUUCACUGCGCGUUCAUCUUCUUCGCAACGAAAUGCCGGAAACAAGCUCUCAGAGGCGUUACCGGGGGAUCGCAUCAAAUGGGCUUCGCUUGGUUCAGUCAGAAACUCGAGGUUCGCAUCUGGGUUCACGCCGUUGCAGCCGAAGCCGCUGGAUUCGAUCAUGGAUUUGGAAAGAGCCAAGACUAAAUCUCCGGAGGAACUCACUUCGAUCUGGGACGAUUAUCACUUGGGACGAGGUCAUAUUGGGAUAACGAUGAAAGCUAAGCUUUAUCGAUUGUUGGAGCAACGAGCAACCGAGUGCCGAUACUUUGUCAUUCCAUUGUGGAGAGGAAAUGGUUACAUUACAAUGUUUGCUCAAGUUGAAGCGCCUCACAUGAUUUUCACUGGUCUUGAAGACUACAAAGCAAGAGGCACUCAAGCGGCUCCGUACCUGACCAGCACUUUCUACACCGAGCUUUCAGAGACGAAGGACCUGGUGUUUAUCCGAGGCGAUGUUGUCUUCACGAGCAAACUCACCGACGAGGAGGCGAAAUGGAUCAUGGAGACAGCUCAGUCGUUUUACUUGAACGACUCUCGGUACAAGCUGCUCGAGCGGUUCAAUAAACAUACUCAUGACUUUGAGUUCAAGGAUGUGUUACAAGCUCUGGAUAUGCCUGUUCUGUGAUUUGCUUCAUCAGGAAUAAAAAACUUCCUCUGCUUUUUUUUUUUGAGUUUUCUGAAACACCAUUGUAUUAGAAAUUGCUUUUGUAUGGGGGUAAUUAGACUACUUCAUCACUAAACCACUUUUGGUUUGAUACUUCUUUUUUAAGUCUUUACGGAUCUUGUGGGAAUAUCAGAUUCGAGGGAUUUUGCUCUUAAAUAAACGAUAUUGAGUAAAGGAGGUGUCAAAUUCCUUUUCAAUUCGAAA